CUCGCCGCUCUUCUUCUUCGUGGCCUUCUCUUCCCUCUCCGCCACCGCCGAGACCUGGACCAUCCUCCCUCACAGUCACUUCCCAUGGUCAACCAGAGAGACAACGACAGGACCGCCGUCCUAACGGCGCCGUUAUCGCUCGACGGCGAGUUGCAAGUGGAUUAUAGAGCUCCCAAUCUCCUACAACGCAUCCUCGGCCUCUUGAGGAACGUACGGUCCGGAUCAGAUCUCACCAACUUUCAGUUGCCUCCUCUCUUCAACAUUCCUAAGUCGCAGCUCCAAUGUUUUGGGGAGUCGGUGUACAGCACCAGAGAGGAUGUGUUGCGCCGGUGCUGCAGGGCUGAGAGUCCGCUGGAGAGACUGACUUCAGUCGUGGCGUGGAGCAUCUCGGCCAUGCGGCCUUUGAUCUUUGGCGUCGCCCCUUACAACCCCAUUCUGGGCGAGACCCACCAUGUCUCCAGGGGAAACCUCAAUGUUCUUCUUGAACAGGUUUCACAUCACCCACCCGUCUCUGCUCUCCAUGCAACAGAUGACAGAGAAGAGCUUGAGGUGAUCUGGUGUCAACAUCCUGUCCCUAGAUUCUACGGUACGUCGGUUGAAACAGAGGUGCAUGGAAAAAGGCAACUUAAGCUCCUUGCUUUAGGAGAGACUUAUGUGAUGAACGCACCGAAGCUCUUGAUCAGGUUCUUGCCAGUGCCUGGAGUUGAUUGGGUUGGCAAUGUCCGGAUCACUUGCCAGGAGACGGGCCUUGGAGCUGAGUUGUGUUACAGAGCCCCUUCCUUGAUUGGCAGGAACCGCCGAUCUAUCAAAGGGAAGAUUAUUGAUCUAUCAUCGCUGAAGACGUUAUAUGAAGUCGAUGGGCACUGGGAUAGUACUGUGACGGCAAAGGACGUCAGAAAUGGGGAACAAAAAGUGAUAUACAAUGCUGCGGAGACAAUUUCUGGGUUAAAGACUCCUCAAGUUAAAGACUCAGGGGGUGUUUUGUGGAGCGAAUCGGCCGUGGUUUGGAGCGAAGUUAGCCGGGGGAUUCUGAGCAAAGAUUGGGACAAGGCAAGAGAAACGAAGAAAUCCAUAGAAGAAGAGCAGAGGGAGCUCAAAAGGGAAAGAGAUUCGAGAGGAGAAACGUGGAUUCCGAAGCAUUUCACUGUGUCUUGUAACAAGGAAAACGGGUGGGAUUGCACGCCUAUUCAGAAAUCGGUGCCUUCAGCGCCUAUACAUGUUCCAUUUGAUUGAUAAGCUCAGGAACUAGACAAGUUUCUUUCGGUGUAUGCCUCGAAGUUCAUAAUUCAUGUAUAUGUCGGGUUCUUACAAGUUAAGGGCCCAAAACUGGCUUCAGUGAUCAUAAAUUCGUUCUUCCUGGAAAAUUUGGUAUACAUACACAGCAAAGCAGCUCCAAAGUUCUAUGUUAGAAGGGGUUAAAGGACGGACGCAUAACGGCUACAGUUGCCCUAUUUCGCUUGUUUGUGGAAUGAUUGAAGGCUCCAUUAAGUGUAACAGGGAGAUUAUCGUCUUGGUCUGACACUUCAUUGAAAGAUUGAUUGUGGCUUUGAGCAGUGA